AUGUGUUACUGGACCAAACCAGAGGAGGUUCUCCUUUGCGAUGUCCUAGACAGCCUCCUUUCUCAGUCAACUUUCUCUACCGUUGCCCAGCUCGCGGCAGAAGUUCGGUUAAAGUUUCAAGAUACAACUGAAGAGGCAGAGUCUGCCUUCACCAAGGAGCAGAUCACGAAUAAAAUUGUGGGUUUGGGCCGCAGCCACGGGCUGAAGCUAGAUAGGCUUCUCCGGAAUUGGGCGGACUACGGGCCAAAAAUGAGAGACUAUUUUGAGGGCGGCAAACGAAAAUCUACAUACCCACAUCAGACCGACAACACGCUGAACGAAGGUUCAACUUUCAAUCUUGAAGACCCUGGAGAGAGUCCUGCCCAGGGUGAUGGCGGCGAAACAUUGCGUCUUUCUCUUUCAAAUGAGGCGGGCCAAACUUCUCAUGCUACGUCGACAUCAAGUUCUCCUUCCGAUAGCAUCUCGGUUGACUUUCGGGACGCCGAAGCCGAAAGAAAACCCCCAGUUCAUUCCAGUCCAAUCGAUCUCGAAGAAUGGGAGUCGCAAUUUCUCCUCCGUCCUCGAGAGCACCGCGGCAGCACGGGCUACGAGCCUCCUCUUCCAAAGCGACAUAUCCAGAACGUCCUGCAAAAAACCAUGCAACAGAUUGACGAAACCUUCGUUCACAUCAUACAGGGCACUAGGAUCGUGACGCCAACUUCGUCAAGGCUGACGGGUGAGCCGCUGAAGCUGACUCGUUUGUUGGUUGAUUCGUCCGCCGAUGGACAGACAGAACGACGCCUGAAGGCUUUGAUCGCCGGGCCUCAUAUGUCCGAACGGGCCCUGUUUCGUGCUUACACUGCUGCGACGAUAUACGAAUGGGCGCUGAAGUCGUUCGACGCCAAACUCACACAUAUCCCCUCGUCCGACUGUGAACAAUGUACAAUUCUCAAUAUCUGCGAGGAUUGUAACCACGAAAUCGCUCGGAGUGUGAGUGUGAAGAGAGUCAACCAAUACAUCGACAAGGUCAUUAGGCUUGCGCUGCCAUCCAGCGCGUCGGAACUUCAGGAGAAGCAUUACAACGUCCUUAUCAGAAUAUCGGCCCCGGCGGUCAGAGAAGGAAAGUCGAUGGCAGGCGAAGGGUUUGAAUUCCAAGAUCGACAACUGCGCGAGUGGCAAGAGCACGUCCAAACCGCUCUCCUCGAGCUGCUGGACACGAGGGCCACCAUGGCCAAGUACUGA